UGAUUUGAUGCCAAAAAAAAAAUGUAUGUACGUGCAUGAAACGGAACUCUAUGCUACAAUUGUUUCGUUUUCAAUGUUUUUGUGGUUAUAGCUAGAACAAUCUACUCUUUUUUUUUUUCAAAAUCAAAUUUUAGGAUCCACACAUAUAAAAAUAUUGCAGUCCACAAAAAAGUGUUCCAUAAGGAUUAUUUGAUUCUUUGUGAUGAAUGUCUUUACCUUAGAUAUUUUAAACAUUUUUUCUUUUGCAAUGUUGAAAUUAAUAUUGUUCUAAAUUUUUUAAGCCCAGAAACAGGAGGAAAUUUGUUGAUAUUUUAGAUGAAUAUCAGCAUGGCCAGCAUUGGAACUUCAAAUUUAGGUGUUUUACCUGAGGUAAUGGGAUUUCCACACAAAAAAUUGUUGAUUAAGAAAUUUAAUUUGGCAAGAAAACAACUUCUCCGGCAAAAUAUUACAUUUUCUUGUAAUCGAAAGACUGGAAUUACUCGAGCCAUUGCACCAGAAGCAACAAAGGUUACGGGUCCAACCUUGAGCAGUGUCCCUUUAGCCAACUAUGUGCCUGUUUAUGUAAUGCUUCCAUUAGAUGUUAUUUCAAUUGACAAUGUUUUUCGGGACCAAGUUAAGUGUGAGAAGCAGUUCAAGGAACUGAGAGAAGCCGGUGUUGAUGGGAUCAUGGUGGAUGUCUGGUGGGGAAUUGUAGAGGCCAAUGGCCCCGGGCUAUAUGAUUGGUCUGCGUAUAGGAGUUUGUUCCAACUUGUUCAAAAGAUUGGCCUCAAAAUACAAGCUAUUAUGUCAUUCCACCAAUGUGGUGGCAAUAUAGGAGAUGAUGUUUUCAUUCCUAUACCCAAAUGGGUACUAGCUAUCGGAGAAAACAACCCUGAUAUUUUCUAUACUAAUCGGACUGGUACAAGGAAUAAAGAAUGCCUCUCACUUGCCGUGGAUAACCAACCUCUGUUUGAAUGUCGAACUGCUAUCCAGAUUUACAGCGACUACAUGAGGAGCUUUAGAGAGAACAUGUCUGACUUCUUGGAAACUGGAAGCAUAGUAGACAUAGAGGUAGGACUUGGUCCUGCCGGUGAGCUUAGAUAUCCAUCGUACACUCAGUCUCAAGGAUGGAAAUUCCCCGGGAUUGGAGAAUUUCAGUGCUAUGACAAGUACAUGAGAACAGAUUUCAAGGGGGCAGCAACAAAGGCAGGCCACUCAGAGUGGGAUCUUCCAGAUGAUGCAGGAACAUAUAAUAAUGUACCCGCCGAAACAGGAUUCUUUGGACCAAAUGGUACAUACCUUACCGAGAAAGGGAAGUUCUUCUUGACCUGGUACUCUAGCAAGCUACUGCUUCACGGAGAUCAGAUCCUUGAUGAAGCAAACAAAGCUUUCCUGGGAUGCAAAGUGAAGCUAUCAGCUAAAGUAGCUGGAAUUCACUGGUGGUACAAAGAUGCCAGCCAUGCUGCAGAGCUAACAGCAGGAUUUUAUAAUUUGGACAAUCGAGAUGGCUAUAGACCAAUAGCAAGGAUGUUAUCGAGACACUAUGGUACCUUUAAUUUCACUUGCCUUGAGAUGAGGAAUUCAGAACAUCCAGCUUAUGCUAAGUCUGGCCCUCAAGAGCUAGUUCAACAGGUUUUGAGUGUUGGCUGGAAAGAGAACAUUGAUGUAGCAGGUGAGAAUGCGCUUGCAAGAUAUGACGGCUAUGCCUACAACCAAAUCCUUCUCAACGCUAGACCAAAUGGCAUCAAUAAAAACGGUCCACCAAAACUAAAAAUGGCUGGGCUGACUUACCUUCGAUUAUCUGAAAAACUCCUUCAAAGUAGGAACUUCAGAACCUUCAAAACAUUUGUCAAGAAAAUGCAUGCUGAUCUGGAUUACUGUCCUGAAUACGAUAAACCAGCUCCCCUGGGAAGAUCAAAGGGGGAGAUUUCAAUGGAUGAACUUCUUCAAGCCACUCAACGAACAAAACCAUUCCCGUGGGAUGAACAGACAGAUGCUAGAAUUGGCGGUAUAUUGGCUGAAUAUUGGGAUAGGCUGGUUAACAAGUUCUUUCUAUCUAACUGAUGCUUACUUCGCCAUGAAUGCACAAGCAGGGGAAGUCAUAUUAUGCAUCUGCAUUUAUAUGUAAAUUUGAAUGAGAAGAUAUAUAAGAGACUUUUAUUUCCAUAUUACAAUACUGACACAUGCUGGUAUGAUAAUCUAAAUGUCUUGUCUUCCCAUUUGUCGUA